AUGUUAAUGAGAAACAUCAACCAAUCUGCAGGUUUAUGUAAUGGAACAAGAAUGGUUAUAACACACCUAGGAAAAUGGUUUGUGCAAGCAAGAGUUUUUACAGGAAAAAAUAAGGAAGACAUUGUAUUAAUACCGAGAAUCACAAUGACUGAGAUGGACUCUAGGUGGCCUUUCAAGAUAAGGAGAAGACAAUUGCCAUUAUCUGUGUGUUUUUCUAUGACUAUAAACAAGAGUCAGGGUCAAUCUUUCAAACAAGUUGGAUUGUUAUUGCAAAAUCAGGUGUUUGCACAUGGCCAGCUAUAUGUGGCUUUAUCAAGAGUGAAAUCAAGAAAUGACUUUGAACUUUAUACCAAGCGUGAUGUUUAUGCUAAUGCCUAUAAGCUAUUUGAUGAAAUGGGUAUAUGA